UUAUCGCGAUUGACAGUUGAACAUCAUUUUGUCACAUCAUUCUGUCGUCAUCAUUCGCAAUAUUUGCAUAUCAAUUCAUUAUAAUCAAAGCUCAUCGAAUUCUGAAAUUUUCAAAUGAGUUUCAAUACAUCGCGAAAAAAUAUCAAAUUGAAUUGAAGUACUGAAUUAAUUAUUUCAAAAGGACUAAAAUUAUGAAAUGAAUUUCACUGAACAAUAUAGAGCAAGGACUCUCGCAUUUAUUAUGCCUCCGAACGAGAGUGCGAUCUCAGGAUGGAAAGGACACGCUCUUCGGAUUACGGUGUUCGCAGUAGGAUUUGGAAUUUAUGUCUUAUUGUUCAAAAGGAAGGAUUCAUCUAGCGGAAGAUGGAGCUUACGAAGAGCUCGAAAGACUCCAAUCGAGCCAGAUAACAUUUCGAAUACCGAAAUGAAAGAGCUCAGCAGUGAUGACAGAUCCAUAGUGGCAUAUAAUGGCGAAGUCUGUCCGAUUUGUUUGGGAGUACCGAAGAUUGGUGUGAAAGCUCCCUGCGGUCAUUUGUUAUGUGCGGAAUGCUUGGCGAAUUAUUGUGAUGUUAGAAUCGCACCUGCACCACCACCUUGUCCGUUAUGCAGAGCGCCGUUGAAUUCAGUGGCCUUAGUCUGUGACUUUGCUAUUCUAGGUCCGAAAAUGCUAGAUCCAAAUACUAUCAUGGUGCGAGAUUGGAUACGCGAGUAUAAUAAUCAUCGAGGUUUAAUGACGUCGGUACGGUCGAUUCUGACGACGCGACUUGUCCUUUUCUUUAAUAUCUUGACACUCUUUCUGAUUGUCGGAUUGAUUGCCGCGAGACUUCAGGUAAUGCCUUGGGAAAAUUGAAUGUCCGUGUGCUUACAUUACUAGUAUCGAUAAUUGUGUUAAUUAUAUGCGUCCAGUUCAAGAGCCAAGAAAAAGUUUCAGACAAAUUUAUCUCAAGAGAGCAAUCAAAUGAAUUAUGUGAAGAGUAAAAAUCUAUAAUUGGCAUGCGACAUUUUUGAAUUAUAAUGUGUAUAUUUCGUGCGGAAUAAUUAAUGACAUCAUUUAUCAAUGACAUGAUCAAUAUUGUCGAUGCAUUAAUUGUCGAUCCGAAUAAAAUUGUAAAUCAAGCAAA